AUGGCGGCCAGACGUGUUAUGGCGAGCUCUGAUAUUAUUCCACCAUUAUUUGAUAAAUCUCGUAAAGAAAUAGUUAAUUCAUCAACUAUCGGUAUUGAUUUUCUUGGUAAUGCUUUAAGCAACGAUCUUAUUUACGAGGGCACACGUUUGAAAUGGUGCAAUGACUUAGAUUCUCUUAAGGCGUUUGUUGCCGAAGUGCUUGACCUAAACGGGAAAUGGUGUUCUCCUGGAGGUGGGUCUAAAAGGUUCACAAGCUCCAAUGCUGAACUAACUUUGACGUGGUAUUCAGGCAAGCAAAACACUUUAUUAUUUCAAGGCAAAGAUGGCAACCUAAUUCGGGAUGGAUGUGUCAAAUUCUGUCAGACACGGGACGGUGUUAUGAAGUCGAGUUGUAAACAAGUGCAAGCCCUGUCGAAAAAUUCAGAGUUACAGCGGGAUCUCAUUGCUCCAAAUAUUUUGGAAUCUGAGCCUACAUCUAUAUCGAGACCGGCCAACCAAGUUGAUGUUGCAUCACAGGUAUGUCUAGACAUUAUAGGAGAUAAUUCCAACUAUUUGUCGAACUGUCGCUGUUCGUGUGGCGUUCUAGCUGCUGACGUUGAGGGAGUUAAAUUAGAUAUUACUAUCCUAUCUAACAGAAUCGAUUCGAUUGCAAAUGCUAAUACUGAAUAUUCUCACAAAGAUAAAGAAAUUGAUCGUCUUCGAA